AUGUUUUGUGACCCGGGACCGAGGGACGUACCAUUAUUGCUUCCAGAUUGCAUCUAUACUGACAUCACAUCGGAUUUUUUAGAAUCCCCUUACCUGCACAACCCUGCCUUCUUUGGGUCGGCGGCCUAUUAUCAACCGCAAGGAAAUCUUGGUUACUUGCCGGUUCUCACCACUUUCAUACCAAGUCUCCCCGCAGACAGUCCCUUCCGAGUGUCUAUACACAGCUGGGAGCCACCACAUAGUCUUCGUGGAUGGACUGUGCGUCGCUCAUCGUCGUCAUGCAGGGGCAGCGUCUUUCCCCCGCGAACAAACUGGCCACAUGUCAUUGACUUGAGCUCGCACGUCGACAAGAACGGCAACCAGGACACCUUACGUUUUCCGCCAUUCCACCAGGAGAUACUUGAACAGAGGCACUGGGAUGCAGGAGACCUCCAUGGAAGAAUCAGGGUAGUUGUUGCUGAAGGGUUUGCACGCCCGCAUCGCAAUCCUCCCUUCGAGCGAGUGAAAGAAAUCAUUGCUUUCGCAUUUCAACACGCGCCUCUAAACGUCUUGGAGUACUCCAGUAUUGCCUGGCCUAAUACAUCUAUGUGGAGCAAGGAACCGCGCCUUUUCAAAUAUAACGCAGGAAGCGGAGUGAGUGACCCCAAAGAGGCGGAAGACUCACACGCCCAUUCACCGGCUGCUCGGCACGAUGAAACCCGGCCACCGGUAGCUCCUAUCACCGGACAAAUUGGUAAUCCACCUGCACUGAACUUCUGGAGAAAUAGGAGCUACCAAGGGCCUGUACCACAGUGGCAGGGGAACUAUAGGGAGCCUAGAUGGGCACCUCCGGAGACCGUCUUUGCCGACCCUUUUAUCGAUCCUUAUGUGCUUGACCCAGCUGCACGACAUCGUGGCGCGAGACAGUCUUGGGAGGACAUAUCUAUGCCGGAUUAUGUCUCUAACUCUAGCGGGAGCCGAGCAAUCUCGAGCAUGACCGGAAUCAGCUACGAACAUAGCAAACAUCCAAGCCUUGUUGCCCCAAUCGGUGAUGACGCGUACAGCCAGUUGAUUCAGGCUCUCAGCCCUACGAAGCAGCCCACAUGCAGUACUCAGCCUCCGACGACAGCCUCCGCCACUGCCGCCAUACCUAUGGGAACUAAGCUUUCGGCAGCAGCAGAAGCACGCUCCGCAUCCCACCGCAAAAGUGGAAAUAGUCGUGCCUCAGCCAACAUCCUAGAGGAUAUGUCGUGUUCGAACUCCCGCGAUGUAUCCGGUUCAACAACCGCGGCAUCGAACACCAUGCCACCUGACCCUUCUGCUGAACAGGGAGCGGCAGCCAAGCUCCACGCCAGCCCUAGUGGGCCUAUUAAGAGCAGGAAAGAAGGGAUUUCUCUAGAGAAUAAGGAGAAUGAAGCAGAAAAGGCUUGUAGAGACAGUGAUAAAGCACGCCAAACACCUUCCAAACUCAACGUGCUGACCAAUAGCGGCGUUGAAACCCCGACUGAUGGCAGAAAGAGGCGCUCGGUCAAUUCCAGUCGAGACGACUGUCUCAUCAUUAACAAGAAGGAGCCAGUGCUUCUCUCACCAACUCUUCUCUCGCCCACUCAAGAUCUCUCCAGGAUUAAAGACAGCGUUCAUAAAGACGGCUUCGAUCGUUUUCUUGAUUCCCAAUCGACACUUGUCAGUCCCACUGCGGAGGUUGACGAAGUCGAGUGA